AAAGUUUUAGCGUUUUAACCUCUUCACUUCAACUCCCAUUCUCUCUUCCACUUAAUUUGUUCUCAUUCAUUUUAUCAUUUUUUUGAUUCGUAAGAGAAAGAAUGCUUCCUUUCCAGAACUACUCUGAGUCGGAGCGACAGAGCUGGUCCAGUCAAAACCGCAACAACAACAACAACCUAAUGGACGGCACAGAUUCCAUCCUGAGCUCGGCGGCAUCGGCGACGGAGACCGCCAAGUCAGCAGAAGCAUCCACCAGCCACAAGGAAGCCGAGAGGCGGCGCAGGCAGCGUAUCAACGCCCACCUCUCCACCCUCCGUACUCUCCUCCCCAACACCACCCGGACGGACAAGGCGUCGUUGCUGGCGGAGGUGGUGCAGCACGUGAGGGAGCUGAGGAGGCAGGCCGAUGACCUGGUGGGCCAAGGCCAGGGCCGGUCGGAGGCCUGGCCGUUUCCGGGCGAAUCGGACGAGGUGACGCUGAACUACUGCAACGGCGGGACCAAGCUGUUGAAGGCGACACUGAGCUGCGAAGACAGGCCGGGUCUAAACCGGGACUUGGUACAGGCGAUAAGGUCUGUUCGGGCAAGGGCUGUGCGGGCUGAGAUGAUGACGGUCGGCAGUCGGACCAAGAAUGUGGUGGUGAUGCAGUGGGCUGGCGGUGGCGGGGAGGAGGGGUUUAGGGCUUUGAAGCGGGCAUUGAAGGCUGUGGUGGAGAAUCGGACCUCCGGUUCUAGGCUGGGUAAGUUGGUUUCGGGUAAUAACCGGGGUCGGGUUUAUGAGGAUGCUGACGAGGAUAUGAGUUUGUAUUGACCAAUAAUCAUGGCGUGAGGUGGUUGUAUAGAAACCUAGAUUACAUGGAAUAAAAAAAAGUUGGAUUUUCUUGUCGUAAAGAAUGAAAUGGUUUGUGGGUUUCUAUAGUAACCUUUACAAGUCGGGACACUACGAGAUAGUGAAUUCGGUUCAUGUAAGUUGUUUUUGUUUGUAAGAUAAAUCAAAAGUAUGAAAUCCUGUUUCUAUGGAAAGUUUAUACUCAUUCAAUAAGGAUGAGCCUAUUAAACAAGGGAAUACAAUUUCAUACUCA